AUGGCGCACUCUGACGACAAAUACGACACUAGCUACUCUGACGAUCCCAGCGAUUUCAUCACCACUGAUACAAGCUGUCAGACAGCAUCAGAACACACUCUCCAGAAACAAGGUAAUCCCCCUAGACCUGCCCAGAUCAAGUGGACCAAUUCUCAUACAGAUAAACUGGUUGAGUGGCUGGAAAAGCACCCUAAAUGCAGAUAUGUCCUCUUUUCAGAUUCUACUACUGUUGCGAAAGAAGAGAACCGAGAAGUGUUGAAGACUACCAAUGACGACCUCCGUAUUGCGGUUGAUCAUCAUUGCAAACGAUUUGGCGAAGCAGUCCAAAAUCGUCUCACAACAUAA